AUGACCGAUCCUCCGCCACCCAUCACCCCGGGGCCGGGCCACCAGCUGCGCCCGGCCAGGCGCCAGUACCGCCACUCCGACGAGCACUCGCCCACCCGUGCCCGAACCAACGACGACCUCUUGAGCCGCCUUACACCACUGACCGCCGUCGAGAUGCUCCAAACACCAAACACUGAACUAAAACAAUGCCUCGACAACUCUACCGUCAACGAACAGGAAUUCGCCAUGCGCGCCGCCGUGGCCAGCCGCAAGAUUUACGAAUGGCUGGAGGAGCUUUCCGACUGGCCCUGGCCUUCCGCCAGCGGCUCGGCCGGUUUUGAGGUGCCAGAGGCAAAGCGGACGAAACUCGACGAGGAUGCCGACGAGUCGGUGUACCUCGGGAGCCUACCCGCCGAGAGCGUCGCCCAGUACGAGCAGCGCGUGGACGGCAUCUCUCACGACAUGGACGAGCUGCACAUUGAAGAAAUCAAGACCCACGUCAUGCACACCCACAUCAUUCCGCUUUCGAGACCCGGAACGCCGUUGUCUCCGACGCGGCCCAUUGGAGGCGGAUCACUUACGUACAACCGAAUGGACGACUUGACGGCUCUCCUCACGGCAAUCAUCGUCCAGGCACUGCCAAAUCUGUCCAAGCUCUGCCGACUGCUGAAAGUCUGGCACAUCCGCCUCUCUGUCCUCCGUCGCAUACCCGAUCUGCUGUCUGGCAUUGCAGAGGCAGAGUAUGCCCUCGAGUCGGCAUGGAACGUGCUGUCAUCUCCCGCGGGAACGCCAUCCGCCGAAGAGGGAGCCCAAGACACCCACUCCCAACUCAAACACGCCGUCACUGUUGUCAAGUCAGUGUUGGAGACGCAAAUCACAAAAUCCGGACGCAGCCUCGAUUUCAUGCUCGACAGUCUCGAGGGGCUGCAGGAUACACUGCCCGACGCCUGGCUUGACCGUAUGGAAGCCGUCGAGCGCAACUACGCCGACUGGGUGACCUCAGGCGAGCAGAGGAUUCGACAAGGGGACUGGGCUAGCGUGCGUCAACAGAAAGCGCUUCCACCGGUGAUCAGAGAAGAGGCCGAGGCGGAGCCCACGAAAUCCAUUGGCCUGCCUGUUGUGGACGACGAUGUCAUCACUCUGCCAGUGCCCAUCACCAUUAACCCACCCGAAGAGGACAGCCAGCCUGCCUCUGAUGAUGAGGCCACUCCGGAGCAGUCUGACGGUUCCGAGGACGACACAAUCGAGCUGUCUCCCUCGCAACUGCAAGCGCAGAAGAAGACGCAGCCAGUCGCCGGCCUUGACGGCUCCAGCGAGGCUACAAAACCCAAACGGACGCCACUGGGCGAAGUGCAAAACGAAGAAAACACCAAAAGAAAGGCGUCAGGCAAGGAAUCCGUCGUGUCGAAGCUUAGAGCAGUCUUUGAAAGCAACGCCAGGUCCAGCUCUGACGACGCGGACGAGAUUUUGCCCGAUGAUGAAGAGAUGCAGCUGCCACCGCUGAUCCGACCCGACCGACGCGGAAGUGACGCUUCGGACUCGUCUACAAUCAUCCAUGGCCACACGAGCCUGCUCGCAGAUGCCUCGAGCGACAUGCCCGAAGUGUCAGCAUCGCCUCCUCUGCCACGCCAGAAGCGUGCCGAGACCCUGGGCCGCAAGUCGGCUGCUGACCGCUUCAUGAGCAUGAGCCCUCCCAGCUCUCCCCCGUUCCGGCCGAGUUACAGAGAAGACAGCGUGAGUCCUAUGGUAAGGCCCCAAGACGAGGGUCUUCUGCCGGCCCUCCCUCUGGAGUCGUCAUUCAACGAAGACGACUUUGAUCACUCCUUUAUCAGCAUGGAAACGCCACGAGAGACUGGCAACAAGGAAGAUGACCACCUCCGAAAGCAAAUCAGCGACAUUCUAGAGUCUAUCCCCGCCAACAUCAAGCUGGCCAGAGCUACACCCAAGGUGGACUUGAACCCGCCGCCGCCCGAUCUGCCCACCCUGCCGGCCAAGAGGCUCAAGAAGCCAUCCCGGGAGACCAUGCGGAGGAGCGUCUCUGCCAUGUCGACGACAUCGCGGACAUCUUCGCGGGCGACGACGCCGUGGCUGACGCUUGCUCCCGCAUACGCCAAGAACCCCAGGCCCAGACGCCCUGGGAGCGGACAAGACGUCAGGGUCUACCACCUCUCGCGGUCCACCGGCGAAGCACCCAUCAAGCUCCUCAUCCGCUGCGUCGGCGAGCACGGCGAGCGUGUCAUGGUGCGUGUCGGGGGUGGAUGGGCCGACCUCGGCGAGUACCUCAAGGAGUACGCCUCGCAUCACGGCCGGCGCUCUGCCGGACCGGUAGAGAAGGCCGAGAUCAAGGUCCAGGACUUGCCGCGUGCGAGCAGCCGUGCCGCGAACUCGAGCCCGCCGAGUCGGCCAGCCUCCGCGCUGGAAAUGUCACCCAUGACGCCGCUCAACGUCAGAAAGUCUAGAAAGUCUUUUGGCGCCGGUGACUCAUCGGUGCCCCGGCUCCUCCCCAACACGCCUGCCGUCCCGCCGAUCCCGGACAAGUUCACGCCCACGCCGUCGUCGGAGGACUCCAACCGGUCCCGGUCGAGCUCUCACAUCAGCUGGGAAGAGGACGAGAGCUCGUUCCUUGGCCUGGCAGGACCCACUGGCCGCAAGGUCGAGAUGAGCGAGGAGAAUCGGGCGUGGGUGGAGAGCGUCAAGGAAAAGGUGCGUGCCGCUAGCGGCGAGACGCGCAAGAUUUCAGAGUUUGGCGAUAUGGGCAAGGUCGGCGGCACGAAGCGUGUGUUUCGGAAGGGCUAG